GCGGAUCAGAACCAGGAUGGGAAGAUGAGCUACGAGGAGGUGAAACAUCUGCUACAGCUGAUCAACAUUGACCUGAACGAACAGUAUGCACGCACACUCUUUAAGAAGUGUGAUCGCUCGUGUGAUGGCCGGCUGGAUCACGUGGAGAUAGAGGAGUUCUGCCGUGAGCUGAUGCGCAGGCCGGAGCUGGACGCAGUGUUCAGGCAUUAUUCCGGUAACGGGUGUGUGCUCACCACCUUGGAGCUGAGGGAUUUUCUCGGGGAUCAGGGCGAAGACGCAUCACUGGCCCAUGCAAAGACUCUCAUCCACACCUAUGAGCUCAACGACUGGG